UGUCGUAGUUGUCAAAAUGGCGGCGGAAGGAGCGAGUCCUGCAGCUGGGAAUCCUAAUGCGGAAGUUGUACGAGGGCAGGUUUUUGAAGUAGGACCGAGGUAUACAAACUUGGCGUACAUUGGAGAAGGGGCCUACGGAAUGGUAGUAUCUGCCUAUGAUAAUGUAACAAAGACCAAGGUCGCAAUCAAAAAAAUAUCUCCUUUUGAACAUCAGACGUACUGUCAGAGAACACUGAGAGAAAUUAAAAUUCUCACCAGGUUCAGGCACGAAAAUAUAAUAGAUAUCAGAGAUAUUCUUCGUUCUGUAACCAUUGACCAGAUGAAGGAUGUGUAUAUUGUACAGUGUCUGAUGGAAACAGAUCUGUACAAACUCCUAAAAACACAGAAACUAAGCAAUGACCACAUCUGUUAUUUUUUGUACCAAAUCCUACGUGGGCUAAAAUACAUCCAUUCGGCCAAUGUCUUACAUCGGGACCUGAAGCCCAGCAACCUCUUGCUGAACACAACAUGUGAUCUCAAGAUAUGUGACUUUGGUUUGGCCAGAGUUGCAGAUCCUGAUCAUGAUCACACAGGUUUUCUGACGGAGUAUGUAGCCACAAGGUGGUAUCGGGCUCCUGAAAUUAUGUUGAAUUCCAAGGGCUACACAAAAUCGAUAGAUAUCUGGUCAGUGGGCUGUAUCCUGGCAGAAAUGUUGUCAAAUCGACCGAUAUUUCCCGGCAAACAUUAUUUAGAUCAGCUUAAUCACAUUCUGGGAGUUCUUGGCUCUCCCACUGCAGAAGAUCUGGAAUGUAUUAUCAAUGAGAAAGCACGAAGUUACCUCCAGUCAUUGCCAUUUAAACCCAAAGUUCCUUGGAUAAAAAUGUUUCCACAUGCUGACUCAAAAGCACUUGAUUUGUUGGACAAAAUGUUGACAUUCAAUCCUCAUAACAGGAUUGGAGUAGAGGAUGCAUUAGCACAUCCAUAUCUUGAACAGUAUUAUGAUCCUGCAGAUGAGCCUGUAGCUGAAGAACCGUUCCGAUUUGCCAUGGAGCUAGAUGACUUGCCAAAAGAAACGUUAAAAAAAUAUAUCUUUGAAGAGACGGCACUGUUCAAACAGAAGAUAGCCCAAGACCAACAGAACAUGUAGUGUACUGAUAGCUGAAGAAUGCCACAACUUGACCAUCACAUCUCGUCUCUAUAACUCACGAACCUCUGCUCCUCUUUCUUGUCAUGUCAUGCUGAGAUGGAGGAAGAGACUUGGAUGCCACAUAUCCUUUUUGUGUUUUGGACAAAUUUCAGCAUUAUAUUCGAUACUGACUGUCUUAAUAAUUAAUGUGUUUUUGGUCUAUCAUAUAUUUUGUCUGUGAUUCAGUACUGUACCACCUAGAUUCCAUCUCCAGUUUUCUUCUUUUUUAUGCACUUAAUACAUAGCAUCCUUCAUAAACUAAUUAAGUCUAUUUAUUGUUUUGUCUCACUUGAGUCUCACAAAACUUUUCCCUCUCAAAAGGCAGGAGAAUGAAUUCAUCAUGAUUUUCAUUUCAUCUAAAGAUACGUUUAAAUCUGGUUACAAUAUUUAUACUUGCAUUCAUUAAUGGGCAAAUUCUCAAAUGUAAUAUAAUAUAGGCUAAUACUAUUGGCAGUGAUUAUAUUAUCUGAUGAACAGAAUAAAUUUUUGGUAUUUUCUGCAUGCUAAUACAUCUAAGCUUUUAGAAAUUUCUAAUCAUGGUUAGGUUGUUUAAAAAAUUAGGUAAAAACAAUUUGUCAAAAUGAAUAAAAUAUUUAUUCUGCAGAAACUGCUAGUAUAAUGAAUGUGAAGUACAGACAGGAUUUCUGAAAUAUAUUGACUUCCUAAUAUAUAAACAGUUUCAGUGUUCGAACUGUGAAAUUUCUAACAAUAAAUUAUGAUUCAGUUAUGUAAAACCUGGUUCUUUGUUCUUGAGAGGAACAAAUUGGAAGUGCAAGUUAAAGCUGAGUAUGUAUUGACAUUUAAUAGUAACAGCCUAUAAAUAAUUUACUAACAUGCAUCCAGGUUACAGUUUUGAUGAGGGCUGCAUUGACAGUUUGAUGAUAGGAGAUUAAUUUCUUGGUGAAGAUAAACUGAAUGUUAGUGAUUUCUUCAUUGUGUUGUAACAGGUUUCAUUAAGUUGUUGCCAAGUUUUUAGGGGAUAUAUUCAGCAUUUGAGAGUCUUCCAUUUAGAGUGAAAUGGCAUUCUGAAACAAUGAACAUUUAUGUACAAGAUACAUUCAUUUUGAUUUACAAGAAACUAGUUAUCAUUCAGUCAUCAUGAUCAUGGAUGCUUCAGCAAGUCCACAUUGAGAAUUUAAAUACUAAAUAAUCACAAAUUCUAUGUAUUAAACCUUAAAUAUAUUAUUGAAAUAUAUUACAUUACCUUGCACAUUUAUUCAUUCAUGUACUUAUUCUUACUUUGAAGGUGAUUGGAUAUAACUUUCAUUUUCAGUAACAAAAAUGUGAUUUUUAUUUUAGUUUUCACAUAGUGCUCUGUCUCAUUUUAAGCCACUGAUGUAUUAUUAGUUUGGUUUAUUUGUUUGUUUCAAUUUUCAAAAUAAUUUUUAAGUUCAUUCUGAUUUUUUUAUCACUAUUAGUAUUAGUCCCAGUUAGGGUCAGGCUUAUUAGUGAAAUAUAGUUUGUUGAGAAUAAAUUACGUUUCAGAAUUUGUAUAAAUCACACAAAAUAUGAGAUACACCUUUACUUUAUAAUUUUAAUAGCAGUAUAGUCACUUCUUUUUUCUCAUUCAUUCUGAUAAGUUUAAAGUUAGUAUAUUUUGUACUGGUGCAUUAUAAACUAAAAAUAUUGCUGAUUUAGCUCAAUAAUAUUAUAGUUGAAUAUUUUAUAUUGUGUGGUGUCCCUGUUGUUAAUACUGUCAUGAAUUCCAUCAACAUAUGGUCAGAUAACUUUCUAAAAAAUAUUGUAGCUUGUUUUCUUCUGUAGGACAUACAACAUAGCACAUUCAUUAGCAUUUGCUUGUUUCUUUUUUAUGAAUAUCAAACAUUUUUUCAGUUAUAAUUGUAGUGAAGUCCUUGUUAGGCUACAGUAUUUUGUGUGUCUUCUUUCAAAGUGAUUUCACAGUUUUUGCUCUGGCCUACUAAAUGCGUUUUCAAGUGAUGAUAAUUACAGCAUAUGAUAUUUCCGGCUUCAUUAUUCAGAACAAGAGUCAAUAAGAAUGAACUAAUUGGCUUCACAGGACAGAGCAGUUAACAGAAUAAGCUUCUUAAUAAAAGAUUACUGUUAUAAAGAGCUACCAAAUAAAGAGUAAGUUUCAAGGUAGGCUUUCUUUGAAAUUUUUAAGAAAUCUUAAAUACUGAGGGAAAUUUAGUUUUCAAUCCUCUCUCUUUUAUUCUUGUUUUAGUGCAAUGUGUUUGAUGUCAUAAUCAUUUUCUUCUACUUUAAGAAGAAAAUAAGUGGAUUGGUAACUGGUUUCUUGGAAGUUUUACAUUGUUUCCAAGGUAGUUUGUUUUUAUAUUGUUAAUAUACCUUUUCUAAAGCAUAACCUGAUAUUUCUGAAGUUGGACAAAUGUUAUUAUACCACAUGGGCAACUUCUGAAGUCUCCUGCUCACUACCAAAACUCCAUGUGUAAAGACUGGCAGAAUAUUUGUAGCAAACCAACUGUAAGGGGAUUGUAGUAUGUAAACUACAACUGAAAUGUUGAAACUGUUCUAGUCAUUACUCUUGAGCAUUCUUCAACAGAGUACAAUAUUUUAUUGCAUAUAAAUUUCUUUACCAUUAUGUUGUGUUGUUGUGACCAGUUUGUUAUAAAAUGAAGUUUGGCUACACUUAAUGUGCUAUUCAGUUUGACACCUUGGGACUUUCUUCCAAAACUUUUCAUUGUUUGCAUGCUGUUAUACCAUACUGGAGUACUGAACAUUAUGGUCAAGUGGUUAGCACUCUUGCUUCAUCUUAGGGAAGCCCUGGGUUCAAAUAUGGCCAAGUGAUGGGAUAUCCUGACUGAGGUUUUUCAUGGUUUUUGUCUACCCAUUCAUCCAUGUACCACAUAGUACUUGUAUCAUUCAACAAUGAGCUAAGGGCAGCAUUGUCAGAUAAGUGAAUAAGUUGGAAUGAGAUUAACUAGGAUUUGGGGGUGUUGGCUCAUGGUACCAUGGCUUAUUUGUAAUAUGGCUGAAGUCAUAUACAGUUAUUACUGAAAGAAGGUAUGAUUAAGUUAAAAAGAAAAAAUUGUGUUCUUUUUCAUAACCAGAUAUUGAAUUAAUUUGUAACAGAAUUUCAUGAUACAUAAUUUUGUUUAAUCAACGUUUUUACUUUGACCAGAUUACAGAAAUGCAAAUGAAUAUUCCUGCCUGUGGUUCAACAAUAAUAAAUUAAAUUGCAUUCAUAUUUUGAAUAAUUCUAGCUGGUUGCAGAAAUUGUCUAAUAGAUGGAACUGGUCUACAGAUAUGAAAAUAAAUGUACACUAGCAGUCAUAUAAUUUCAUAGUUGUUUAAUGUUUCCAUAAUAAUGCAGUAUUAAUGAUGCUAGCAUGCCAUUUUAACUUUCCAGUUACUCAUCAUCUGCUGGUAUAGAAGAAAUGUUUAAUGCUGUUGUUCUGCCAGUAUCCCUGUGUGGAACAUCCUCCAGUAAAUUAUCCUUUUACCAUCUCCUGUCUUGAUAAUUUAUAUACAUAUUUUUUUACAUAUCUGAUUUUUUCUUUAAUUCAUACAAAUUCUCUGCAUUUAGAAAACUCUACAUGCAGACUAAAUUUACCACAUUGCAAUAAUGCUGUUGAUUACAUGUUUUUUGUCUUGAAUUUCUACUUAUAUGUAUGACCAGAGGUUUAUCAUCUUGUGAAAAUGAAAUGUUAGUCAUUUAAGUAAACAUUACUAUUAAAUUAAUGUUAUGUUAGUUUCCUAAAAUAUGAAUUGAGGUGCUCAUUGUGAGGCUGCAUUAAAGGAA